GUGUGUGUGUGUGUAAGAGAGAGGCCAACCUCCCUUUUCUUGGCACUGUUCCUCAGCCAUAUAUAUCUCAUUUAAUCUUUUUGUCAAUGUCAAAGAUUAUAUGACUUGCCCAAGACCUCACGGCCAGUAAAGUUGCAUACCUUGAAUCAUACCCUCUGUUAGAUUCAGUUAUCGUCCCACCUCUCCAAUCCAAUUCCUCAACUUCUGGAACCCUCCUUGUGUAUUCCGGCUCCCAGCAGUUUCCCUGUGGUCUCUCUUCUUUCCCUUAAGCUAUGAACUUCUGAAAUACAGGCACUCUGCAACCCCAGAGGGCUUAGCAAAGGGGUGGGACACAUAAGAAACCCUAACAGUGAUGUCUAACUUUUUGGCGUCUCUGGGCCACACUGGAAGAAGAGUUGUCUUGGGCCACACAUUAAAUACAGUGCGACACUUAAUCACAAAAAAGUCUCAGAAUGUUUUAAAUAACUUCACAGUUUUGUGUUGGGCUGCAGUCAUAAGCAUCCUGAGCCACAUGUGGCCUGCGGGCAGCAGGUUACCCCUACCCUAAGAUGUUUGUUUCAUUAAUCAGUAAUUAGACUUACUCCUUGGUGAUAAUGUAUUUAUAGAUUGCUCUUCUCUUGUUAUUCUUCAUACAACUUCUCUAGUUUGGACCCAAAACACAUAGGUCCAGUGGAAGUGACAGUGAAGCAGGCUGCGUGUAGAGAGAAAAGAGGAGCUUCCGCUUCCCUUCCUGUUCCCUGGGGUCUGUGGCUUUAACUCUUCCCUGGCUGAGCUCAGCUGCACUCAGGAAAUCACUCUGUUGGGCAAAAGAAAGGCAAUUUUGGAACUUGGAGCAGCCAGAGAGCACUAGGCCCUGGCCUGCAAUGGUUGGAACUACAGACCAAUUCUUCCCACUCUGGUCUUUGACCUACAAGGCAAAAAGUUUUCUCAGCAGGCAGACCCUACCCUGGAAGCAUCCAGAGACGACGUCCUGGACUUGACCGCAGUUGUUACAAAUGAUGGGCCUGCUGCGGAAGCUGAGUCUGCCCAAGGCCCAGGCAAUUACAAAUCCAUUCUCCAGGGACUACGUGUCUUGCAGAAUCUGAUAAGAAGGGACAGGUCUCAAGAGCUACUACUUGCAGUCCUGAUGACACCCAGCCAUGCCCGUCUUUGGCUGUAGCCCUAGGAGCAGUCUAGGGGCCCAUACCCCUAGUUCAGAGGCUAUUUCUAUUUCCAGAGAAUUGUUCAGGGUACACUUUUUAUCCACAACGGGAUAGAAGUGCUGUGCACAUGCGCUGCUUUGAAUGUGUAGUCACUACUUGGCCAACAGCUUCAUACAUGUAUUAGUUGUGCCACAGGCACUUUUUGCUACAUGAAUGGGCCAGUAGAAGCAGCAAACCUGUCAGGCAUUCACCCCUCAACCUAAACGGCUCCUUUCUCCCAGGACUGAGGCUCUGGAAAUGACAGUAAUUGACCCGAGUUUUCGAAAAGCAACUUGGCAAUCUGCAGCGAGAGCCAUAAGAAUGUUCUACUUUUUGACCCAACACCCCCCACUUCUGGGAAUCUGUCCUAAGGACAAGUCUCCAAAUGAUUGAUACAAAGACUAUGUAGUAACAUAAAAUAUUUAUGAUGUAAUGAUAAACAAUCUAGAAGAACUGACCAAGAAAUUGGCUGGAGAUGAUAAUAGUUGCAUUAGAGUAAUGAAUUCUUUUUCUCAAACUUUACUUUGGAAUAUCGAUUUUAGCUUCCCCUGCCCCUCAAGGUUAGUCAGUCAGGAACCUGACAGAAACAGCAGGCUCAGGUAGGGUAGAUGACAAGAGUUUAAUGAAGGGACGCUUUGCCUGUUUCCAGUCCUUUUCACUCUGGUUUCUUUAACUCUCAGUUACUCACUCAUCAAUUAUGGAGUACCUACUUAUUUUCUAGUGAGUGGGGCACUCUCAAGUGCAUAAAUUGCUAAAAACGCUAUAAUAAAUACAGACAUUGGGUGCUCUAAGGAGCACAGAGGAAGAAGUAAACUGUCAGGAGGGAGGUGUGAAUCAAGGAAGGCUUCGGAGAGGGGUGGUCCAUGCACAAUGCACGUUCAGUUUUGAAGGUACCUGCUGAAACAAAAGAGCCACGACUUGCAGGAAGAAAAAAGCAAGGCACAAUACGGUGCAUUUAGGACAUUACAUGUGGCUCUGCUGGGCUGGAAGAAACAUUGAGUGGGUGUGAAGAAACUGGGAGAUGAGGCUUUAGUUAGAUCAUGGACUGUGCUCCAAGUGCCUUUGUGUUUUGGAGUUAGCAGAUUUGCAUGUUAGAGAUGACUGGCCUCAGUGAAGAGAGUGGCCUGAAUGGGGCAAGGGUGCAGGCAGAGAAGAGGGACAACGAGGAUUCGGGUCUUGGCUGGGUGGGCCAGCAAAUACCCUUUCUCAGCUUUGGCCUUUUCUGACUUACACUCGGCCAGCGCCGUGCCUCUCUGGGCUCUCCCUCCCUCUUCCUCCCUGAGAGCCCGUGGUGGGCGGGGAGGCGAGCUGGGGGUGGCCCUGCCUGGGUGGUCUCCUGCACUGCCCCCAGCGGCGCUGUUGCCUAGCAGCGGAUCCGGGUAAUUUGCGGGUCCCUCAGCCAAUGGGAGCGCGUCGCCUCUGCCCUCUCUCUUUUUCUCCGGCUGCAGACGCCUUCUCUUCACUUGCGGUCGCCACCUCGAACCGCACCGGACUCCGGCCGGUGGGUCUGCAGGCACGCGGAACUCAUUCCAGCUGCCGCCCGGCCCGCCCCGCACCGCCUUGCACUCCUCUGGGUCACAGCCAGCGCGGCCCGCCCGCAUCCAACUCUCACCCACGCCCCGCGCCUGAGCCGCCCUGCGCUCCAGGGGGAUCAGGCCAGCCUAUGGGGGCUUCCAGAUAACGCGGGUUGGGGGUGCCCAGGCCCCCCAUCUCCGCCAGCAUGGCUGGGCCACCACCCCUCGGGGAGCUGCCCCCAGACUACACACCCCCGGCUACCUUCGUGGCACCCCAGAUCCUAGCUGGGAGCCUAAAGGCUCCGCUCUGGCUUCGCGCCUACUUCCAGGGCCUGCUCUUCUCUCUGGGCUGCAGGAUCCAGAGACACUGUGGCAAAGUGCUGUUCCUGGGACUGUUGGCCUUUGGGGCCCUGGUACUGGGUCUCCGCGUGGCCGUCAUUGAGACAGACCUAGAGCAGCUCUGGGUGGAAGCGGGCAGCCGGGUGAGCCAGGAGCUGCGGUACACCAAGGAGAAGCUGGGGGAGGAGGCUGCGUACACCUCCCAGAUGUUGAUACAGACCCCGCGCCAGGAGGGAGAGAACGUCCUCACACCCGAGGCACUUCGCCUCCACCUCCAGGCAGCCCUCACUGCCAGUAAAGUGCAAGUAUCACUCUAUGGAAAGUCCUGGGACUUGAACAAAAUCUGCUACAAGUCAGGCGUUCCCCUCAUUGAAAAUGGGAUGAUUGAGCGGAUGAUUGAGAAGCUGUUCCCAUGUGUGAUCCUCACCCCGCUCGACUGCUUCUGGGAGGGAGCCAAACUCCAAGGGGGCUCUGCCUACUUGCCCGGCCGUCCCGACAUCCAGUGGACCAACCUGGAUCCCGAGCAGCUGCUGGAGGAGCUGGGUCCCUUCACCUCCCUUGAGGGCUUCCGGGAGCUGCUUGACAAGGCACAGGUGGGCCAGGCCUACGUGGGGCGGCCCUGUCUAAAUCCUGAUGACCUUCACUGCCCACCCAGCGCUCCCAACCGUGACAGCAGGCAGGCUCCCGAUGUGGCUCAGGAAUUGAGCGGGGGCUGCCACGGCUUUUCCCACAAGUUCAUGCACUGGCAGGAGGAGUUGCUGCUGGGAGGCAUGGCCAGAGACCCCCAAGGACAGCUGCUGAGGGCAGAGGCCCUGCAGAGCACCUUCCUGCUGAUGAGUCCCCGCCAGCUGUAUGAGCACUUCCGCGGUGACUACCAGACACAUGACAUCGGCUGGAGCGAGGAGCAGGCCGGCACGGUGCUGCAGGCCUGGCAGCGGCGCUUCGUGCAGCUGGCGCAGGACUCCCUGCCUGAGAACGGGUCCCAGCAGAUCCACGCCUUCUCUUCCACCACCCUGGACGACAUCCUGCACGCGUUCUCCGAAGUCAGCGCCGCCCGUGUGGUGGGAGGCUAUCUGCUCAUGGUGGGGCCCGUCCUGGCACCUUGCCCCCAGCGCCACCCGGUCCCUACCCUGGGAACCCCCGUCCAAGACAGUGUCCUCUCCCCACAGCUGGCCUAUGCCUGUGUGACAAUGCUGCGGUGGGACUGUGCCCAGUCCCAGGGUGCCGUGGGCCUCGCUGGGGUGCUGCUGGUGGCCCUGGCUGUGGCCUCGGGCCUUGGGCUCUGUGCCCUGCUCGGCAUCACCUUUAAUGCUGCCACGACCCAGGUGCUGCCCUUCUUGGCACUGGGCAUCGGCGUGGAUGACAUAUUCCUGCUGGCACAUGCCUUUACAGAGGCUCCAUCAGGGACCCCUCUCCAGGAGCGUAUGGGUGAGUGUCUUCAACGUACGGGCCCCAGUGUCGCGCUCACCUCCAUCAACAACAUGGUCGCCUUCUUCAUGGCCGCCCUCGUCCCCGUCCCGGCACUGCGAGCCUUCUCCUUGCAGGCGGCCGUCGUGGUUGGCUGCAACUUUGCAGCUGUGAUGCUUGUCUUCCCAGCCGUCCUCAGCCUGGACCUGCACCGGCGCCACUGCCAGCGCCUCGAUGUGCUCUGCUGCUUCUCCAGCCCCUGCUCCGCUCGGGUGAUUCAGAUUCUGCCCCAGGAGCUGGCAGACAGGACAGUACCAGUGGGCAUCACCCAUCUGACUGCCACCGUCCAAGCCUUUGCCCACUGGGAAGCCAGCAGCCAGCAUGUGGUCACCAGCCUGCCUCCCCACACCCACCUGGUGCCCCCACCUUCUGACCCACUGAGCUCCGAGCUCUUCAGCCCAGGAGGGUCCACACGGGACCUUCUAGGCCAGGAGGAGGGCUCAAGGCAGAAGGCAGCCUGCAGGUCUCCGCCCUGUGCCCGCUGGAACCUUGCCCACUUUGCCCGCUAUCAGUUUGCGCCCUUGCUGCUCCAGUCACACGCCAAGGCUGUGGUGCUGGUACUCUGUGGCGCUCUGCUGGGCCUGAGCCUCUACGGCGCGACCUUGGUGCAGGACGGGCUGGCCCUGACAGAUGUGGUGCCUCGGGGCACCAAGGAGCAUGCCUUCCUGAGCGCCCAGCUCAGGUACUUCUCCCUGUAUGAGGUGGCCCUGGUGACACAGGGUGGCUUUGACUACGCCCACUCCCAACGUGCCCUCUUUGAUCUGCACCAGCGCUUCAGCUCCCUCAAGGCCGUGCUGCCCCCACCUGCCACUCAGGCGCCCCGCACCUGGCUGCACUAUUACCGCAGCUGGCUACAGGGGAUCCAGGCUGCAUUUGACCAGGACUGGGCUUCUGGGCGCAUUACCCGCCACUCAUACCGAAAUGGCUCUGAGGACGGGGCCCUGGCCUAUAAGCUGCUCAUCCAGACCGGCGAUGCUCGGGAGCCUCUGGAUUUCAGCCAGCUGACCACGAAGAAGCUGGUGGACAAGGAGGGGCUGAUUCCACCCGAGCUCUUCUACGUGGGGCUGACCGUGUGGGUGAGCAGUGACCCUCUGGGUCUAGCAGCCUCGCAGGCCAACUUCUAUCCCCCACCUCCCGAGUGGCUGCACGACAAGUACGACACCACCGGGCAGAACUUCCGCAUCCCGGCGGCCCAGCCCCUGGAGUUUGCCCAGUUCCCCUUCCUACUGCAUGGCCUCCAAAAGACUUCGGAUUUCGUGGAGGCCAUCGAGGGGGCCCGGGCAGCGUGCGCCGAGGCAGGCCGGGCCGGGGUGCGCGCCUACCCCAGCGGCUCCCCCUUCCUCUUCUGGGAGCAGUACCUGGGCCUGCGGCGCUGCUUCCUGCUGGCCGUCUGCAUCCUGCUGGUCUGCACUUUCCUUGUCUGCACCUUGCUGCUGCUCAACCCCUGGACGGCUGGCCUCAUAGUGCUGGUCCUGGCACUGAUGACCGUGGAGCUCUUCGGCAUCAUGGGUUUCCUGGGCAUCAAGCUGAGCGCCAUCCCCGUGGUGAUCCUCGUGGCCUCUGUGGGCAUCGGUGUCGAGUUCACAGUCCACGUGGCUCUGGGCUUCCUGACCGCCCAGGGCAGCCGGAACCUGCGGGCUGCCCGGGCCCUAGAGCACACUUUCGCCCCGGUGACGGAUGGGGCCGUGUCCACUCUGCUGGGUCUGCUGAUGCUUGCUGGUUCCAACUUUGACUUCAUCGUAAGGUACUUCUUCCUGGUGCUGACAGUGCUCACGCUCCUGGGCCUCCUCCACGGGCUCGUGCUGCUGCCCGUGCUGCUCUCCAUCCUGGGCCCCCCGCCAGAGGUGGUACAGAUGUAUAAGGAGAGCCCAGAGGUCCUGAACCCCUCAGCUCCACGAGCAGGAGGGCCCAGGUGGGGGCUGCCCCCCACCCUGCCCCAGAGCUUUGCCAGAGUGACUACCUCCAUGACCAUAGCCCUCCACCCACCCCCGCUGCCUGGUGCCUACAUCCACCCAGCCUCUGAUGAGCCUGCUUGGUCCCCUGCUGCCACACCAGCUGCUGACAACCCCAGCAACCUCACUUCUAGGGCACCAUGUCCAGCCUCUGAGUGAAAGAGCAGCUGAAGCAUGGAGACUGCGUGGGCCACACGGAGUCCCUGGGGGGCAAGGGGUGGGUCACUGGGUGCAGGACAGACUCCUGGCAAGCUCUGCUGCUGCUGCUGCUGCUGCUGCCCAUCUGGCAGCACCCCUUCCCUGCCUCGGCCGUCACUGACCUCCCUGGUACCCACCGAGGACCGACAGCCUCUGGGCCGGGAGCAGCCGCCCACACCAGGCCCUGUGUCCCUGUCCCUGUGUCUGGGCAGGGUAAGAGCCAGCACUUCGGGCUGCGGUGCAGCCCUGUCCCCGCCACCCCGCCCCACACUGCUGCCCCCAGCCAGCCAGGCCUGAGGGAGCCUCUCACACCUUUGCCAGUCCUGGCCCCCAACUGCUCGGUGACCCCUGGGCAGGCUCAGUCUCCCUGACCACUUCCUACCACAUAACUUAUUUAUAUGGAGAUGUUUAUUUUUGUAGUUUGUACAGAUUAGCUAUGCUGAAAGUUUUAUUUUU